CGACGCCUUCCGUCGCUUGCGCCUCUGACUCGCGUGAAUCGUUAUCCAGAGAAACAAGGGCAGCCAAACAAACCCUAAGGACAACUACGCACCUGCUCGAUAGUCGUCGUCGUCGGAACGUCAGAGCCAUGGAAGAGGCACCGGCGAGACGCGUCGGAGGAAUGGGGGAUGAGAAGCUGGAGUUCGUGACUUCCGAUGGGAUAGAGCCCAUCAUGACCUUCGAUCAGAUGGGUUUAAGGGACGAUCUCCUCCGAGGCGUCUACAACUACGGCUUCGAGAAGCCCUCCGCCAUCCAGCAACGGGCCGUCAGGCCCAUCAUAGAGGGUCGCGACGUCAUUGCCCAGGCCCAGUCCGGUACCGGCAAGACCUCCAUGAUUGCCCUCACCGUCUGUCAGCUUGUCGACACCUCCUCCCGAGAGGUUCAGGCUUUGAUAUUGUCUCCGACGAGGGAAUUGGCGGCGCAGACUGAGAAGGUGAUAUUAGCAAUUGGGAAUUUCAUAAAUAUACAAGCGCAUUCUUGCAUUGGAGGCAAAAGCGUGGGUGAGGAUAUCCGAAAGCUCGAGUAUGGCGUUCAUGUGGUGUCUGGAACUCCUGGCAGAGUCUGUGAUAUGAUCAAAAGAAGAACUCUCCGAACUCGAGCCAUCAAAUUAUUAGUUCUUGAUGAAUCUGAUGAAAUGUUGAGCAGAGGAUUCAAGGAUCAGAUUUAUGAUGUCUACAGAUAUCUUCCUCCUGAGCUCCAGGUUUGCUUGAUUUCUGCUACACUUCCUACUGAAAUUUUGGAGAUGACCAACAAGUUUAUGACUGAACCUGUAAGGAUCCUUGUCAAACGUGAUGAGUUGACGUUGGAGGGAAUCAAGCAAUUUUUCGUGGCCGUCGAAAGAGAGGAAUGGAAGUUUGAUACUCUUUGUGAUCUCUAUGAUACCCUUACAAUUACACAAGCUGUUAUAUUCUGCAACACAAAGCGAAAGGUGGACUGGCUCACCGAAAAGAUGAGGAGUAAUAACUUUACUGUCUCUGCAAUGCAUGGAGACAUGCCUCAGAAGGAAAGAGAUGCUAUUAUGGCCGAGUUUCGUGGUGGUAAUACUCGUGUCCUGAUCACAACCGAUGUUUGGGCCCGGGGCCUUGACGUUCAGCAGGUUUCUUUGGUUAUCAAUUAUGAUCUUCCAAACAAUCGAGAGCUAUACAUUCAUCGGAUUGGUCGUUCUGGCCGUUUCGGGCGCAAGGGUGUGGCAAUAAACUUUGUCAAAAGUGAUGAUAUUAAGAUUCUAAGAGACAUUGAGCAGUAUUACAGUACUCAGAUUGAUGAAAUGCCGAUGAAUGUCGCGGACUUGAUAUGAGAGUUGCUUGCCAUCCUGUGUGCAAAUGAUGUGGAUUGGUUUUUCUGAUGUCGAUUGACUAAUUUGUGCAGUUCUCGUGGCUUUAUUUUGCAAUGGAUUGUACACUAUCAGAAGUUAAAAUGAUAUUUUGUUUACUUAUGCUGUAACGUUAAACGUUUUAACUUAGGCUGGUGUGACAGAUUUAAAGCACAAUGUUUGAAGACCGAGCACGGUGAUGAGUUGUAUCGUGUUUGGUUUUAUCAUAUUUGGUAGCAAAUUCAGGUUUUAUGUUU